UCCAAUCCUUAGAUCUUAACAUUUCCUGUUCUUGCCUUACUCAGGGUCCAGGACCUCCAGGAAAAUACUGAAUGGAAGUGGCGACAGUGGGAAUAAUUGUCUUUCCCCAAAUAUUAGACAGAAACCUUUCAAUGUUUUACUAUUAACUAUGACGCAAAUGUACAUAUUUUGUAGAUACCCUUUACCAGAACAAGAAAGUUCCUUUUCAUUCUCAAUGUUCCCAGAGGCUUUAUGUAUUAUUAUAAAGAGAUGCUGAGAUAAGAUUCAUCAGAAAAGUUUUUCUGCAGCUAUGGAAAUGAGAAGGGAGCGCGGAGCCCGGCCGCCGCCCUGGGCGCACCCUCCUCCUACGCAGCACCCCACUGAGACCGUAUAAGACGCCCCUAGGGCGCUUGGCAGACUCCAGGACCUGGCUCCAGCCGCAGAUCCAGCCUGUUGCGCACCGUUGUAGGAAACCCUUCAUCAUGGAGCAGCUAAGCACAGCCAUCAACCAGUUUGCCAUAGACCUGUUCCUUGCCUUGAGUGCAGACAACCCGUCCGGGAACAUCUUCUUCUCCCCCUUCAGCAUUUCCUCAGCCCUGGCCAUGACCUUUCUGGGGGCCAGAGGCAACACCGCAGCCCAGCUCUCAAAGACUUUACAUUUUGAUACAGUGGAGGAUAUCCAUUCAAGAUUUCAGAGCCUGAAUGCUGAUAUCAACAAACGGGGAGCCUCUUAUAUUCUGAAACUUGCUAAUCGAUUAUAUGGCGAGAAAACGUAUAAUUUCCUGCCUGAGUUCUUGGCUUCAACUCAGAAAAUGUAUGGGGCUGACUUGGCUAGCGUGGAUUUUCAGCAUGACUCUGAAAAUGCAAGGAAGGAAAUAAACCAGUGGGUCAAAGGGCAGACAGAAGGGAAAAUUCCAGAACUGUUGGCCUCAGGCGUGGUUGACAGCAUGACUAAACUUGUGCUGGUGAAUGCCAUCUAUUUCAAAGGAAACUGGGAGGAGCAAUUCUUGAAAGAGGCCACAACUGAUACACCAUUCAGGUUGAAUAAGAAAGACACAAAAAUCGUGAAAAUGAUGUAUCAGAAGAAUAAAUUUCCAUAUGGCUACAUCGAGGAACUUAAGUGCCGUGUGUUAGAACUGCCUUAUGAGGGCAAGGAGCUCAGUAUGGUUAUUCUGUUGCCAGAUGACAUUGAAGACGAUUCCGUGGGUCUGAAAAAGAUUGAGAAACAACUGACUGUGGAAAAAUUGAAAGAAUGGACCAAACCUGAGAAUCUGGAUGUAGUUGACGUCAAUGUCUACUUGCCCAAGUUCAAGCUGGAAGAGAGCUACAACCUCAACUCCCCCCUGGCCCGCCUAGGGGUGCAGGAUCUCUUUAAUAGCAAGGCUGAUCUUUCUGGCAUGUCAGGAUCCAGAGAUAUUAUUAUGUCAAAAAUUGUCCACAAGUCCUUUGUGGAAGUGAAGGAAGAGGGCACAGAGGCAGCAGCUGCCACGGCGGGCAUUGCCACCUUCUGUAUGUUGAUGCAGGAGGAAACUUUCUGUGCUGACCAUCCCUUCCUUUUCUAUAUUUGGAAAAAAUCCGUAGAUGACAUACUCUUCAUAGGCAAAUUUGCUUCUCCUUAGAGACUGUGGAAAUACAGGCUCAAGCCUAGAGCUUUAUUACCUGAGUUUUUAAUGGCCCAAAUUUUAUAUUUUUAACAAUAAAAAUACUAUCUGCAAACAAACCUUUAAUUUCCUUUUUAAGUGCAGCUCUUUUGGCUUUUUAUACUCAUUACCCUUGGCACUGGUAUCUGUUUUCCUUUUGUAUGUGGAAAAACUCUGGUGGUCAAAUUUUGUUAGAAUGCAUUGAGUUAAAAAAAAGUACGAAUCAGAUUCUUGACUAUGGAAUAAGCUGUGAAAUUUUUCUGAUAGCCAUGGGAGGGCGUGUUCAUGUGGUAAUUUCCUUCACAAAUAGAAUUUUGAAAGCCAUAAUGCAGAGAUGCCUUGACUGUUGAAUGGAGGAUUAAAAAUGGAUACUCGGUUGAAAUGUAGGAGAGCACCCCAAUUAAAGGCCAGGGUUAGGAAGACAAACUUGCUUGGCUGAUGUUUCUAUCUUUUUUACUUUUAGGAUUGUAUUAUAGCUCUCUGUUUUGUCGACUAUUAUAUUAAAGAGCCAUCUGCUGAUAAUCUG